GAACAAGUGUCGUGGCAUAAAAGAGUACGACUAUCGAUUCAAGAGAGUUAAAGAGAUUCAAAGAACAAGUCAAGGCAUUCAUCUCAAGCUCUAUUCUAGCAAAUCCCGAGGAUCACGAUCCUUUUAAGUUUAAUCUCCAACCAUCAUGACUCCUACAAUCCUCAUCGCCGGCGCAACGGGCAACACUGGCCGAAGCGUCGUUGAGACUCUCUCUAGUUUUCUAAGUAAUAGCGAUGGUUCCCCUAAUAUCCGCAUCCUUGCUCUUACGCGUUCCAUCGAUUCGUCGACCGCCCAACACCUCGCAAGUCUCCCUAGUGUUACAAUGAUCGAGAAGAACUGGGUCGAUAUCAAUGCCUCUUGGCUGCGCGAACAGAACGUCAUCAAGGCUUUCAUCGCAUCACACAACAGUCCGAGCCAAUUCGCCGAGGAAUCGACCUUCCACCAGGCCGCACUGAAGGCCGGUGUACAGUACGUCGUGCGCAUCUCCACAACGGGUGCCAACGUCCGUCCAGACUUCGAGGCCUACUACCCGCGAACUCAUUGGGCUAUUGAGACCAUGUUGAGUUCGCCGGAGUUCAAAGAACUCAAGUGGACUUCCCUGCAGCCAAAUAUUUUCUUCUCGGCACACCUAUACAGUGCAGUUGAGUUUGUCAAAGAAUACCGUCAAACGAAGCAGCAGGGAAUCCUGAAGCUCAUCGCCGACAAGGACGCACCUGUAGGCGCAAUAGACCCUGACGACAUUGGCACUUUUGCUGCUCAUCUGCUGUGGAAUCAAGAUCCUUCUCGGCAUAAUGGGGCGAAGUACGUCCUGAACGGGCCUACGGAUGUGACUGGUCGAGACAUUGUUCAGUGGGUGGAGGAGGCAAUUGGUGAGCCUGUGGACAAUGUCGAAUUCAGAGAUGUGUCCCUUGUGGACGCCAUGGUACUAGCAACAAAAGAGUCUAAGAACGUAAUCUCGUCGAUCAAAGCUGCACCGGUUACUCUGUGGGAAGGCAAAUGCCCGGCGUCAACCACAAGCAAAGAAGUUAUCGAGAUAGCCGCCCCCAGCCGUUCAAUCGUCGAUGCUUGGAAAGCCCUCCUGUCUGCAAACUAGGAAUACUCUGAUUGGCAUCAAGUGUGCGCUUUGAAGGGCUAGAGUUCGCAAUUGUGAUCUGCACCUGAGCCAAUGAGUCGAAGAAAUAUUUCGUACGUAGCUUAUAACCUAUAGAUAGAGCCGAUAUAAUAGUCUGAUUUACU